UUUAAUAAUGAGAGGAGUGGCAUUAUGGCCUCUGCCAUCAUAAAUAGUGUUGCCAUUGUUGAGUGCUUGGAGGCUAGUGUAGAGGAUUUUGAGAGCAUUUGGGAGUUGAUCCAGGAGUAUGGGGAUCAAACUGAUAGAUGGGUCAGCAAGGAAGGUUUAAAAUUUGCAGCUUUUAAAGAGAAAUCCUUUGAAUACAUAAUAGCAAAAUAUAAUGGGAAGGUCGUUGGAAUAGCAUCUCUGUAUUACUUGCAUUACUAUUGGUAUGGGAAGUCAAUGUGUAUUGAUGAGAUCAUUACAUUCAAAAGUCAUUUGUUCACAGAUGAGGAUGUUGUUACAUUACUAUUACAGAAAGCAAUGGAGAUUCUGCUGAAAAGAAAUUGUCAUACACUUUGCUUGAUUCUACUUGAAAGUGACUUGUCACAAUUUACAAAAUUAGGGGGAGAAGUGGAGAUAGGUUUUAAAAUUCUUAGGAUCUCAAAGAUUGCCAUAAAUCAGUUUGCUAAAGAAAAAUCAGAACUCAAUAAGCAUUAUCUUAUAAGAGCUGGUGUUAAAGAGGACAUACCCAGUCUGCUGUAUCUCAUCCAGUGUUCAGCAGUGUUUCAAGGGGAACCUUUAUUGCUUGAUGCCAAUGAGAAAAUGAUAUCUGAGGAUACAUUUGAUAAGAAACAAAUCGGUGCCAUCGUUAUUGAAGCUGAUGCCAUAGCAUCUGUUGAAUCCGAUAAAGAUGGUGCAGAUGUGUCUCCUGCAGUAGAAAUGCCUCACAAUCCCAGAAUAAUAGGCAUGGUCUUAUAUUACACAUUCUACUGUAAGAGAAGAGGCAAAGUCCUUCACUUUACAAGACUCUUUGUUAAGGAAAGGCAUAGAAAGCAAGGACUAGGAACUGAGCUAAUGAGAGAAUGCACUAAAAGAGCUAUAAUGGAAGGUUGCGAAGAAAUUAAUGGAAAGAUAAAUGAGCAAAGUACAAAAUUGAUCAAGUUUUACGAAAAGCUAGGAGGAGUGAUACUCACAAACUAUGUGACAAUGAAUUUUAGCAGGGACUGUUUGCUUGGUUCGCUUAAAAUGUAGUUAUAAGGUUGAAAUAACAGUGAAGAAUAAUACUGACCGUA